GACGCCAUUAACUACCCAGUGGGAGCAGCUGUUGCUGAGGACAGUAUCCACUUCUUUCGUCUACUUUUACUCCAAAUCUACAUGGAAAUAUUACCUACUCCGACGUCUCUCGCCUACCCUUCGCUUGCCUCUCAUCUACCCACCCAUCCAUCCACACCUCUGACGCCUACCACACCACUCGCGAAUGCACGCCCGUUUCACCCAUCGCUGUCAUACACGAUGCAACGUCGACCAUCUGCAUCCGUCGUGAAGCGAGACGACGACCACGGUACACCCCUGUUGAAACGAGCACACCCCGCCGUUCGUUUCGUGCGCUCGGGUAUCGGACCGUAGAUUGUGUUCGCCGUUUCUAGGGUGAGUUUGGACUGGUGUGUUGUGUAGGUUUAUGGCGAAGGUUUUAGGGCUAGGGAUGGGUAGAUGGGCGAGGGGGGCGAAGUUGUUCUUCUGGUAUUGUAUAGUUCAUUGAAGGUUUGUAGAAG